AGAAAAAAAAAAACCUUUAGUUAUUAUUAUGGAAAAUAAUUUUAGUUCAACGGCUAUAAUACAUGAUAAUUCAACAUUAUCAAAAGCCGAUCCACAGGAUGUCCUUGAGGCAUUAGAAUUAAAUAGACAGCUCCAAAAAGAAUUAGAUAGAGUUAAAUUAGGCAUUGACGCGGCAUUACAACGUAAUAUAAUUUUACAAGAACGUCUCGCUCGAAUGAGACAGGAGGAAGCUGAAACCGAUGGUUACUCUAGAUCUGCGCUAGAUACACCAGUUAUAAGAACAUUUGGUCCUCCAUUUUUUAUUGAUGCGGAAGGAAAUACUCCACCUGAGAAUGAAGAAACAUGUGUUCGGCCGUUAAUUUUUAAGAGCACAAGAUGGACUCUAAGUGAAAAAGAAGCAUUGCGAAGGGGCAUUCAAGAUCAUAAUAUGAAACGGGAAGCAUUACGAGCUAUGAGGGAAGGUAGAUCAAUUCAAUCCGUAGAAAAAAUGUCAAAAAUUCUAUUUCUUUAUAAUGUAGAAGAAGUAAAUUGGUCACAAAUUGCAAAACAAUAUGUACCCACAAAAACAAAAGAAGAAUGUAUUAUUCAAUGGACAAAUCACGAUCAUCCAUGUAUUAACAAUGAUGAGUGGACUACCUUAGAGACGAAAAAAUUACUUGAAAUCGCUGAACAAAAUAAUGGUAGAAAUUGGCAGAAAAUUGCAUUAGAACUAGGUGUAUUCGGUCUGUUUUGUUCUUUGAUUCUUGCACUGCAAUACAACAAGCAAUCCUCUGAUCCUCGUAAGUGGUCAAAAGAGGAAGAUGAUAUACUUAUAAGUGCGGUAGAUCUUUAUGGUGAAAAGAAUUGGCAACAAGUUGCGCAUUGUCUUGACAAUAGAACAGGCCAGCAAUGUCUACAUAGAUGGACUAAAACCUUAAAUCCAGCAAUUCGACGUGGUCGCUGGAAAAAGGAAGAAGAUGAAGCUCUUCAAAAUGCGGUCUCUAUUUAUGGUGCUGGUAAUUGGGUUAAAGUACAACAAUAUGUAUUAGGUAGAACUGAUGUUCAGUGUCGUGAGCGUUGGAUGAAUGUUCUUAAUCCAGAUAUUAAAAAAGAUUCAUGGACUAAUGAGGAAGAUGCAAAAUUAUUAGAGCUAUCAAGAAGCAUAGGAAUAGGAAAAUGGGCAAAGAUUUCGGCAUUUAUGGACGGACGUACAGAUAAUCAGUGUUGGCGCCGAUAUAAGGUGUUAAAAAAAUUGGAGAAGCAGAAAAUGUUAACGGAUACAAACCUUCCAGAAAAUCAAGAAGUAGGAACAACUACAGAGGUUAAUCAAAAUUCAGGUGAAUCACCCACGAAUAAAAGGAAGUCCAGAAAAG